UCGAUUUUUCUUACUAUUUAAAAGGAGGUGAUCGAGGGGUCUGUCAUCAGUUUAUUCAGAACCAAAUUCGAUAGAAGACACACACACAAUAGUGAAAAAUGAGACCACUGUUCGUACUGCUUCUUGCGGUUACAACUUUAAAGGCUGCCUCCAUUGGCAAUUCUAACAUCCGUCUCGAUGAAUAUUCUCCGGACCAUCGUGAUGUCAUAUUGACCCAAACGGAAGAGGGCGAAUACAGAGUGAUGGACCUGCAAGAUGUGAGGCUUCAAAAGAGUGCUACAGUUGCAGAUAUCCAUUACUACCUGUAUACGAAAAAGAACAAAGAUACACCUUACCUCAUUGAGAACAACGAUGUAUCAGAACUGGCUAAUUCCAAAUUCAAUCAUAAAAAAAGGGUUGUCUUCAUCAUACAUGGAUGGAACAAUGACUACACCAGCUCAGUGAACACACUGGUGAAAGGAGCUCUGCUGGACAAUGCCGAUGUAAAUGUGAUAGUUGUGGAUUGGGGAAAAUUAGCCAACAAAAACUACUUCACAGCCAGAUUUUCUGUGAGGAAAAUCGGUCAAUUUGUCGGACAAUUCAUAAACAACAUCACCGAGAAGUAUAAAAAGUCAUACAAGGAUUUCGUUAUAAUUGGACAUAGCUUAGGGGCUCAUGUUGCUGGGGUAGCAGGAGCUAACACAAAGCAGAAAGUCGAUUACAUUGUAGGUCUGGACCCAGCAUCCCCUUUAUUCACUUUGCACAACAUCGAUGACCGUUUGGAUACCACAGAUGCCGAUUUCGUUGAAAUAAUACACACUAGUGGAGGACGUCUAGGCUUUUUGAGCCCAAUUGGUCAUGCUGAUUACUACCCCAACGGUGGAACUUCACAGCCAGGUUGCUUCUUGGAUGUUUUCGGCUCUUGUGCACACUCAAGAUCCUAUAUGUACUUCGCUGAGUCAAUCAGGGACAAAGUGAGAGAGUUCCGUGCUUUCAAAUGUGACAGUUACAGCCAUUUCAAAAAAGGAAAGUGCAACUCUAGUGAAUCCGUAAUGGGAGAAUUCACCGUUAACAAGAAUGCUAGAGGAACUUACUACUUGGAGACGAAAUCAAAGGAACCCUUUGCUGAAGACUUCAGAACCUAAUUUGCACUACUGUGACAUGGAUUCUUCAAAUAUCAAUAAUUUGUUGCCCUUGUAAGAUAUUAUAUAUACUUAUGCUGUGUUUCAUGAAAUUACCUUGAAAAUCUAUAAAUAAUUGUAUUGUUGUAAAUACGAAAAUCCGCAUUAUUUUAUACUUUUAAUAAAUUUUUUUAAUGCAA